GGGAAAGAGGAGGAUAGGAUUAACUGUGAGCUCGUCAUACUGUAAUCAUGAUCAUGGAGGAGGAAGGUGGAGGGUUUAGACUCAGCAAGAAGUCGUCGGACAAAGCCGGCGAAGUCGAUUACAAAACGAAGGCCGGCACCGCGUGGUCGCAUUCUUUCUUGAACCAGAAGCCGUGGCAUCCACUCUCCUACCCGAACCAGCGCCGCAAGUGGAUCGCUGAGCAGACCCACUCUCAGAAGCAACGUCGUGCUGAGGAGGUUGCUCGGGAGUAUGCCCAGGAGCAGGAGUUUCUUAGGCAGACUGCACUUAUUUCCAAGAAAGAGAAAGAAAAGUUAGAGAUGAUGAAAGCUAUAAGCUUUAUGUAUGUGAAACCCCCUGGUUACAAUGCGGAAAGUGCUAAAGCUGCUGAGAUGGCUGAUGAGAAAAAAAAGCAAGAGGAUGAGAAAAUUUUGAAGGAGCCGUCUGUAGAUGGGGCCUCAUCUUCAAUGAAGAAAGAAACUAUGACCUCCACAGCGGAGAAAAGGAAACCAGUGCCAAAAGAUGUUUUUGGUCGUCCUUUACCGACAGAAGAACAAUUUGAAGUCCUAAAAAAUGCUCCAAGGUUAGAGACUGGUGUUCCUGGCAGGGUAAAACCAUUUGGAAUUGAGAUUCGUAAUGUGAAAUGUCUUCGAUGUGGUAACUACGGUCACCAAAGUGGUGAUCGUGAAUGUCCAUUAAAAGAUGCUAUUAUGCCUAAUGAGGAGAGUCGAUUGAAACGGGAUGACCCUUUAACAGCCAUCCAAGCUCAAACUGAUGGUAGUGAGCCUUUGAAGUGGGAGCUGAAACAGAAGCCUGGAAUGAGCCCUCCUCGUGGAGGGUUCGACCCUGAUGACCCCAAUCAACAGAUAGUUGCCGAGGACAUAUUUGAUGAGUAUGGAGGGUUUCUUGGUGAAGCCAACAUACCAGAGUUGCUAAUCAACUUUUCUUCAAGCAAGACCAAGAAGAAGUCUAGUAAGAGCAAGCAUAGGAGGAGACAAUCUUCUCCAGCAGGCGAUGAGAGAAGAGAUGAUCAAGGAAGUGGGUCAUCUUCAGGUGAUGAUAGGAGAAAAUCAAAGUCAAAGAAGAGACACAAGAGAAAGAAGCGAAAGCAUUCCGAAACAAGUUCAUCCGAGAGCUCAGACGACAACAGGCACAAGAAGAGGAGAAACAGACACAAGCAUCGGCAUUCAAGUUCCUCUGACGCUUCAGAUUCUGAUGAUCUGCAUAGAAGUAGACACAAUCGUCGCCAUCGACAUUCCCAUAGGCACAGGGAUCAGCACCGGCACCAUAACCAUCGUCCUGGUUCUGGUUCUUCAUCAGAUUGAUUUAAGCAACCUUUUACAGCGAAGUAGAAAUCAGCAAAGUGCACAUGUUUUUAGGUGCUGCGGAGGAGCUCUUUGUGAAAUCAUGUAUGUUGACUCUCAUGCCAAUAUAAGAACUGAUUUUUUUGGAAAGUCUAUUUGUCAAAAUUCUGUACUUUAGUGUCAAAAUAACAAAAUCUCUUGCAACCUCAUUACGAUGAGUAUGAUUAUUUCAAUUGUUUAUUUUUUCUUGAUAAUUAUAUUUACGGCCUUAAUUUAUGUUCUCUUUUCACAAAUCAUUCUCAGUGAAAGAGUAGGAAUAAUUUGU